GCUGCAAGUAAUCCUGUCAUUACAGGAUUAUACCAUACAGAACGUGAGUUUUCUUGCAUUGGAUGAUGUCUCAGCCGGGCACCGAUAUACGGCGAAGCAAAGGCUUUCUUCCCUCAAUCCCGGCCCCAAUCGAAAGGUAACACAGCAUAAUAUAUCCGCUAUGUUCACUCUGCUGAAGAAACAAUCGCUUUUCAAGCUGCUCAACCCUAUAAUUUUGCUCAAUAACCACACACCGUACAUUCUAUUACGUGCUACUAUAAUCAAGAGAGGAUCGUCAAGGAAAAUUGACAUCAUGUUCAAAGCAACAAACAGUCAUCAGUUGAUGAUUGUCAUUUUCCCAGUUGUAGCCGUACUCGUUGCGACAAUUUGUGUCGUUUUGCGGUUCCGUGCGAGGCAGUUACAGCAACUAAAACUCAUGUGGGACGACUGGCUAUGUCUUGCCUCACUUAUAUUGACAUGGGCAUUCCAAGGAGUUAACCUCGCGGCUGUCUUUGCGGGAGGUGCCGGCCUUCCAAUAGCAACAGUUAUUAGCACCAACCCGAAUGCGUUGGCGACAUUCCUCAAGAUUGUCCUUGCGAACUUUUCGUUAUGGAUUGUGACCGUUACUAUCGUCCAACUCUCCAUUCUGUCCUUCUAUGUCCGAAUUUUUGGGGUUAACGCUGCCUUCCGCCGAAUAUGUUACGUCUUUAUUGCUCUCAUUGCGGCGUUUGGCAUUGCCGGUUUCUUCUCGGAAGUCUUUUCCUGCCUACCUGUCAGCAAAACAUGGAAUCCGUCAGAACCAGGUCAUUGCGUUUCCUCAAAGCCAUACUGUACCUCUAUUGGACUGAUACACUGCCUGUUCGACUUGGCCAUCCUUGUUCUUCCUUUGCCUCUGAUCUGGAACCUCCAGGUAGCGACACGAAGCAAGUUUGUCAUAUCCAUUCUACUGACGCUGGGCCUUAUAGCGACAAUAAUAUCUCUAUUAAAAAUAAGCUGCUUGAUUGAUUUGAGCGGUAUUCCUCCUGAGGAUGUAACUGGAAACCUGUGGCUGACCAUUCUACUCCAAACCCUGGAACUCCCUAUCGGUAUCGUUUGCUGUUGCGUUCCCAUCUUGAAGCCUGCGGUAGCAGGUGUUUCGCCGCUAUUUCGAUCCAUAGCUAGUCGCUUGUUGACCUACACGCAAAGGAGUCGCAGCACGACGAAUAGGUCACAAAGGUCGGAUUCAGGGUCUAAAUACCGUCAAGAUUCGACUGUUGGCUUCAGUCGUCUUGAAGAUGAAUCCAGCCAGGUUGAGCUAGGCAGCCUAGGCAGCCUAGGCAACAAGUUAUCUAUUCAGGCAGAGGGACACAAAAUCACACCAACCUUGGGAGCAGACCCCAAGUCCGAAAGAGCUAUCAACGUUACAAACUCCUAUACGGUUAGUAAACAAUGAAGAGAUGUGGCUACAGGAAUAGUGUGUAUUGCUGGCGUAUUAGGCACUUCAUGGUUUUCUAUGACGCUACUGGUGGCUAUAAUGAUGUGAAUAUAGGCGGUGAUAGUGGCUUGGGUGGAGGAAUUUCUUGUCUUCAUAUAAUUGUAUUAUUUCCCGCGCUUGUCAUUCAGAAAGCCAGUAUCGACGUGAAGUCAACAUUUGAAACUAAGUGACAUUUGAUCUUCCUCUACUUUGCCGCGGAAAGCGCCAGACUUCAGCCUAUAAUUGCCUACGUACUACCCAGGUGCAUAUACCAGUGUUUUGUAGAUAUAGGAGGUAGGCAGUGUUUGGGGAUCCAUAUACUACCUCUUAUAUGUAUCAGGGGCUAUAAUUACCUACCUAUGUACAU